CCCCCCCACCCCCACCUCACCUCACCUCACCUCUUUCCUCAGUUUAUACUUUUUCUCACUUCAGUGAACAGAAACAGUAAAGAACAAAAUCACAACAGCAUUCUUGAAAAAAAAGGGUUUUUUUUUUCAAGAACAAUUCUCUGUUUUCAUGGAUUCUCAAGAAUCCCAAGCGGGUCACCACCAAAAUCAACACCAUCACCAACCCCAACACCCCCAAUUUCAUCACCAACAGCAACAUGGUCAUGGUCAUGGCCAUGGCCAUCAUCCCAUGAUGAUGGCAAGACCACAACACCAUCAGCUUCAACAGCUUCAACAGCAGCAUCACCAACAUCAACAGCAGCAGCAGCAAGCUAACACCUUUGGUUUACCUAACAAUGUUCCAACACAUAACAACAACAAUUCUGCUAUGAUGCAACAGCUUCAGCAACACCAGCAGCAAAAUUCUGGGUUUCCUUUUAAUUCUGUGGUUAAUACGGCUUCUGCGGCGGUGGCGGCGCCUCAACAUAAUCUUGAUUACUCAGAUGCGUCAUCUCCUAGGGCUACUGGAUUCAGCAUUGAGCCUGCUAGGAAAAAAAGGGGCCGACCCAGGAAGUAUUCACCUGAUGGUAACAUCGCUUUGGGUCUCUCGCCUACUCCUGUUACCCCGAUUUCAUCUGGGGUGCCUCCUACAGAUUCCGGAAGCGGUGGCGGUGGUGAUGCGGAGGGUCCUUCUUCCGAGAAUCCUUCGAAAAAGGCCCGAGGAAGGCCUCCUGGCUCUGGAAAGAAACAGCUAGAUGCUUUAGGUACAGCUGGAGUUGGAUUUACACCUCAUGUGAUCACAGUGAAUGUUGGGGAGGACAUAGCUUCAAAGAUAAUGGCUUUCUCCCAGCAAGGGCCGCGUACUGUUUGUAUUCUAUCUGCAAAUGGAGCCAUCUGUAACGUCACCCUACGCCAACCAGCAAUGGGGGGUGGCACUAUUAAUUACGAGGGCCGAUAUGAGAUCAUCUCAUUGACAGGUUCCUUCAUGCAGUCGGAGAAUAAUGGCAGCAGUGGACCAAGUGGUCUGAGUGUGUCACUGGCGGGGGCAGAUGGUAGAGUAAUGGGUGGUGGAGUUUCAGGAGUGCUUAUGGCUGCCACACCAGUGCAGGUAAUCGUGGGUAGCUUCCUUGCUGAAGGGAAAAAGCCAAAGUCUAAGGUGCCAUCUUCGACACCACCAUCCAAUAUGUUGAAUUUUGGUGCUCCUGCCACAGGGGAGAGCCCUCCUUCUCAAGGUGAUGCCUCAAGUGACUCGUCUGAGGAAAAUGGCGACAGUCCUUUCCAACAUGAAUCAGGACCUUAUGGUAACGCUGGCCAACCAAUGCAUGGUAUGUCAAUGUAGCAAAUAUGGGCUGGCCAAAAUCGCUGUGAAAACACUUUUUCUGUGUCGACAUGAAGUUGCCAAGGGUAUUCCCCUUGCCAACGCUAACAGGGCAGAGUAUAGGCGCGUUUCUUGAUUUCUCAACUUGAGCUUAUUUUCCUUAUUUUUCUCCCCGCUUCGAUCCUCCCCUCUUUCCAGUAUGUAGUUAAGGUAAAAUGCAUAUGGCUGAUUUACAGAAAUCCAUUUUCAUGGUUUCUUUGGCACUAUGGUAUUAGUAGUAGUAGUAGUAGUAUAUGUUAGGUGAUGUUUGGUUGGAUAUUGUUUACUUCCAGAUGGUUAACUUUUAGGAAUUAUUAGAUUGGGUAGAAAUUUCUUCUAAAUGAAUGGAGUAUUUUCUUCA